AUGUGGGAGACCGUCCCCGGCGUGGCGUUCCUCUCCGCGGCCUCCGCCGCCACCGAGGCCGACGAGUGCCGCGGCUCCUUCGCGCUCCGCGACCACCGCGCCCGCCUCGUCCCCGAUCGCCAGCACGUCGAUAGGAUCAAGGCUUCCUACCGCUGCGACGCCGCCGAGGCAGGCCCAGGCGGCGCCGACCUGCUGCGCGCCGCAGCGUUCGAGCCGUCCGACGCGACGCUGUUCCCGGUGCUGGUAAUGACCGGGCUGGUAUCCGCCAACAAGACGGGCGCGUCGCCGUCGUGUACCUGCUGCAGGCUGCGCGCAGCAGGUCGCCGCGCCCGGAGCGCGGCGGGGAGGCCGGUGCUCUUGGCGCGGUACUGGAUCGUUCUCGAGGAGAAGAGCGACACGCAGGUCGCGUUCAGCGUCAAGAUCGGCGACUACCAAUGGACCUGCGCGCACGCUGACCCUGCCAAGUCGACCCCGGCGACGGCGACGACCACGACGGCCCCGAGGCUCCACCGGCCCAGCCUGCGCCUUCGUCUUUCGGGGCGCGUUCAGCGAGGCACGAGCAAGAAGACGAGGCUGGCCCCGACGACCCCGAGCCGCGAGGAGGUGUCGGCGGCACUCCUGCCAGGUCCCGAGAGGGCGGAGGAACAGCGGCCGGAGGAGUUCAACCGUGUGUUCCUGACGUACGCGAGCAGCCGUGACGAGCGGUUCUUCGGGUUCGGCGAGCAGUUCAGCCGCGUGGAGUUCAAGGGGAAGUGGGUGCCGGUGCUGGUGCAGGAGCAGGGGUUCGGCAGGGGAGACCAGCCCAUCACUUUUGCCGCUAACCUCGUCAGUUACAGGUCAGGAGGAAACUGGAGCACGACAUACGCUCCCUCUCCAUUCUACAUGACCUCAAAGAUGAGCCCUCUGUACCUUGAAGGAUACGACUCCUCCAUCUUUGACCUGACGAGACCUGACAGAGUGCAGAUUCAGGAUUGGGUUGGCCAGAGGAAGACAGCGAUCGGAUCCCAGCUCUGGUGGAAUUGGGAGCUUGAUGAUGCCCAUUACAGUGCAUGGAAGGAUCUUGUAGCUGACCUUCGCAGCCACGGCAUCAGGACCACGACUUACUGCAACCUUUGCCUUGUGCCGAUGGAUGAGAAGCCAAACACGAAGAGGCACCUGUUCGAGGAAGCCAAGAAGCUGGGCAUCCUGGUGAGGGACGAGGCCGGCGAGCCGUACAUGAUGCCCAACACGGCGUUCGACGUCGCCAUGCUCGACUUCACCAACCCGGAGGCGCACGCCAGGUUCAAGAGCAUCGUCCUGCGGGGGGUGGUGGACCAUGGCGUCAGCGGCUGGAUGGCUGACUUCGGCGAGGGCCUGCCUCUGGACGCGCGGCUGCACUCCGGCGAGGACCCCGUCGCCGCGCACAACAGGUACCCGGAGUUGUGGGCGAGCGUCAACCGCGAGUUCGCCGACGAGUGGAAAUCCAGCAGCCGUCGCGCCGCGGAGACGGCGGAGGAGGACAACGACGUCGACGACGACGGCCUGGUGUUCUUCGUGCAGUCGGGAUUCCGGGAGAGCUCCCGGUGGGCGAUGCUGUUCUGGGAGGGCGACCAGAUGGUGAGCUGGCAGGCGAACGACGGCAUCAAGAGCAGCGUGGUGGGCCUGCUCAGCGGCGGCCUCUCGGGGUUCCCGCUCAACCACAGCGACGCCGGCGGCUACUGCACGGUCGACCUGCCGCCGUUCCUGCGCUACCGCCGCAGCGAGGAGCUCCUGCUGCGCUGGAUGGAGGUGAACGCCUUCACGGUCGUGUUCCGCACCCACGAGGGGAACAGACCGGGCUCCAACUGCCAGUUCUACUCCAGCGGCCGCACGCUGGCGCACUUCGCGCGCUGCGCCAAGAUGUACAAGGCCUGGGAGUUAUACCCCGCGCGGCUCGUCGGGGAGGCCGCGCAGACGGGGCACCCCGUGGCGCGCCACCUGUUCCUGCACUACCCGGCGGACGAGCGCGUGCAGGCGCUCACGUACCAGCAGUUCCUUGUCGGGACGGAGAUGCUGGUGGUGCCGGUGAUGGACAAGGGGCGGACCGCGGUCACCGCCUACUUCCCGGCAGGCGCUGGUGCGUGGAGGCACGUGUGGAGCGGCGACGAGUACGGAGCCGGGGUGCAGGGCGGGUUCGAGGCCCAGGUGGAGGCCCGGGUGGGUACCCGGCCGUAUUCGUCAGGGCUGGGUCGCCCGUCGGGGAAAGAUUUGUAA